AUGAACAACAACAGUGAGACGGUGGUGACUGAGUUCAUUUUGCUCGGCCUCUCGAACCAUCCUGUGGCUCAAGCCAUCUUCUUCUGGAUCGUUCUGGCACUCUACCUCAUCAACCUUCUGGGGAAUGGUCUGAUGGUUAUACUGAUCGUUACUGACUCCCACCUCCACACUCCCAUGUACUUUUUCCUCAGCAACCUCUCCUUCCUGGACAUUUGCUACACCAGCAGCAGCCUCCCCCAGGCCUUGGUUACCUGCACCACGGAGAGAACUACCAUUUCCUUCAUGGGCUGCAUGGCCCAGAUUCACAUCAGCCUAUAUCUAGGCACCACAGUGUGUGUCCUCCUGGCUGUCAUGGCAUAUGACCGCUUUGUGGCCAUAUGCAGCCCCUUACACUACACGGUGAUCAUGAGCUGGAGAGUUUGUGUCCAAAUGGCCAUUGGAACGUGGGGAAGUGGCCUUAUCCUGACCCUCAUCCCCACAGUCACAGGUCCCAAACGCUUCUGUGGCUCUAAUGUCAUCAACCAUUUCACCUCUCACCUAGCUGUGGUCGGCAUCUUCUAUGGUUCAGCCAUGGCCAUGUACCUUCAACCAAAAUCCAAAUAUACCUCCGACAGGGACAAGAUGGUCUCUGUUUUCUAUGGAGCUGUGACUCCCAUGCUCAACCCUCUGAUAUAUAGUUUGAGGAACAAGGAUGUGAAACGGGCACUGCAGAAACUCUUUGGGGGGAAAGGAUCCAGAUAUUAA